GGAGGGUCAGUGCCCCAGCCCUGGCAGGCUCUGGCACCCCAAGGGUGCGCGGGAGCCGGGCUGGCAGGGGGAGAAGGCAAAGCAGGAGAUGUGGGAGUUGUGGGGUGUCAGGGCAGUGGUGGGAGGGUCCCAUCCAAGGGGCAAUGCCAAAGGAUGAUGCCACUGAGAGCUCAGCGCUUCCCCCAGCAGGGUCCCGAACCAGGGAGCCCAGAGGAAUGUCACCUGCAGGACACGUGUGCCCUCUGUCACCUGCCACGGGCACCGUGCCCAGAUCCUCGUGGUCUUUUCAGCCCCAUUGUCUCUCCCAUAGCUGGGACCAUCCUCCCCGGUGGGUCCAUGGUUGUCAACAGCUGCAGGAGUGCCGCCGAGCAGCUCUGUAACUUCAUCUGUGACUGCAGCAACUGCUCUGAUGAGAAUCAGUGUGGGUACCUGCGGGGCUCGGCGGUGCUGGGCACCCCCUUCACCUGUGAUUUUGAGGAAGGCGACUGUGGCUGGCAGGACGUGAGCACCUCGGCUUACAGAUGGGUGCGGGGCCGGGCCAGCCUGGCCACAUGGGGCACGGGGCCCCACUCAGACCACACUGUGGGCACCGACUUGGGGUGGUUCAUGGUGACCGUGUCCCCCCCGGCAAAGACCAUGGCCACAGCCUGGCUCAGGUCACCAGUGAUGCGGGAAGCAGCUGCCACGUGUGAGAUCAGGGCCUGGUACCACCUCUCAGGAAGCGGGCUCAACCAGACGGAGUGGCCACUGCUGCGCUUGGCCAUGGCAUAUAGGGACGAGGUGGUGGGGCUGUGGCAGAGCCCCGAGCGUGGAGGCGAGGGCUGGCACCAGCUGGUCGCCUACCCAGGCCGGAUCGCAGAGCGGUUCCAGCUCAUCUUCUCCCUGACACAACCGCCUACGUGCACGGCAGAGCUGGUGCUCGAUGACAUCAUCUUCAGGAACUGCGGCUUGCAGGAGCCCGGGCAGCAGGUCUGUGGGGCAGAGGAGAGCCGCUGCAGCCGGGGCUUCUGCCUGGCACAACACCGCUUUUGUGAUGGCACCGAUGACUGUGGAGACGGAUCGGACGAGGAUGCAACGUGGUGCAAGUCCUUCACCCUCUGCUCCUUUGAGCAAAAUCUCUGCAGCUGGGAGGUGGAGGUUGGGCAGCCGGCGUGGGAGAGAAACACGAGCCUGAACCUCGGGACCGCAUAUGGUAUCCCCACCCGGGACCACAGCAAUAACAGCAGGGCAGGUUUUUUCCUCCAUGUGGGCAACACCUCAGCCACAGGGGCCAGCAGCCCGGCCCGGCUCAGCAGUCCCACUUUCCAGGCCACCAACUCCUGCUCCCUCGUGCUGUACUGCCACCUCCACGGCUCGGCCACCAGCAGCCUCAGCAUCUCCUACGUGACCAACUCCACCAAGCACCUGGUGAGGGAGAGGACAGGGGACCUGGGCAGCUGCUGGGUGCGGGAGAGAGUGGACUUCAACACAACAGAGAGCUUCAAGGUGCUGAUCGAGGGGGUGACCGGCAGCAUGGGGACUGUGGCCAUCGAUGACCUGAUCCUGUCUCCGGGCUGUGUGCAGGAGCAGGAGAAGCCUUUGACCACACUGCUGAACCAGGCGGGUGCCGGACCCUGCGCGGCUGAGGAGGUGGCCUGCGACAGCGGGGGCUGCAUCGCCACAGAGCUGGCCUGCGACUUCGCCGAGACGUGUGCCGAUGGCUCCGACGAGAAGCACUGCGGAGCAACCACCUUCGAGGCGGGGGCUGGGGGCUGGCACGAUGUCAGUGUGGGGCAGCUGCGCUGGGGUCUGCAGAGGGCCACUGAGCCUGCCGACACCAUCCUCAUAGGGGCUUUCCUGGCCCUCCAGGCAGGAGAAGGACAAAUGGUGGCUGCUGCGAGGGCACGCACACCGCUGCUGGGCCCCUCCGGCCCUGCCUGUGCCAUGGAGAUGAGCUACUGCAUCCACAGCAGUCCCCAAGGCUUCCUCACCAUCAGCAUAGUGGAUCACACCACUGGCACCACCCACCUGGCCUGGCACAUGCAGGGGCACGGCAGCAGAGCAGGGGGACGUGUCCAUGUCCCACUGGGAGAAAGGACCCGACCCUUCCAGGUUGAGCUGCUGGGGCUGGUGGAUCUGCAAGACUCGGCGAGCGCCGCGAUUGAUAACGUGACAUUUGUGCAGUGCCACAUUGACAUGGUGCCACCAGGGGCCACGGGUAUGGCCAGCGGCGCGUGGGCAGGGAGGACGGCCAUGGGCAGGAGGGGACCCUGGCCCCCCUGCCCACAGAGACGGAUAAUGCUCCCAUGGGGGCUGCCUGGUGACUGUCACCUUGUCCCCAGCUCAGGGACAGGACCAUGGUGCAGAAGCCCUAGGGCCAGGGCUGAGCACGCAUCCAGUCCCAGGACACCUGCAUGGGGUGAACCUGGGGAGUGGGGCAGGGGAGCAGAGGAAAAGGGACAUUUGGGGGACCCAUUUGCUUUUGGGGUGCCUUAUCCCCACUGCCUCACCACUAUCACCUCUCUCCGGCCAGCGCUGUCCUGCAACUUUGAGAGGGGCAUGUGCGGCUGGUACCAGGAUCAGUCCAGUGACUUCAAAUGGGUCCGCGGCACAGGGCAGGGGCAGGGCUCCGACCACACUACCGGCUCGGGCUACUUCAUGGCCGCGGACCCCACUGCGCCGUGGAGCCGUGGGCAGAGGGCACAGCUUGUCACCUACCGCCAGGAGCCCAUUGCCACCCCGCACUGCCUCUCCUUCUGGUACCGCCUGGCCGGCCCACAGAUUGGCACCCUAAACCUCAAGCUGCAGCUGGAGGGAGCGGAGGAGACGGUGCUAUGGACCCGACGGGGGACCCAGGGCAGUGUUUGGCACCGGGGAUGGGCAACGCUGCCUGCCACAGGCCGGCGGCAGUACCGGGUGGCCUUUGAGGCUCUGCGGGAUGGGUUCCUGGGGGACAUGGCACUGGACGACCUGGCACUGACAGCGGGGCCCUGCGGGGCUGAGCUCUCCUGCUCCUUCGAGGCGGAUGCCUGCGGGCUGGCAGCCAGUGGGCAGCGCACCUGGCUGCGGCAGAGCAAUGGCACUGGCACCACUGCCGGCCCCCCCGCUGACCACACCACCGGCACUGCCACAGGCCAUUAUAUGGUGGUGAGCACGGGCAGGGACUCCUUGUCUGCAGGGCACGCAGCUGCCCUCACCUCCCAGCCCUACCAGCCCUCUGCGCCUGCCCAGUGCCUGGCCUUCUGGUACCAGCUGAGUGCCAGGACCCCAGGCUUCCUCGGGGUCUUUGUGGAGCAGAGCGGGGUGCGGAGGAAGGUGAUGGGCAUAAGCACCAUGGAGGGGGACGCCUGGCACCGCGGCCACGUCACCGUCUGGCCGGAUGGGGACUGGCAGGCAAUAUUCGAGGCAGUGGGAGCUGGGGGCAACCAUGGGUACAUCGCGCUGGAUGACCUGCACGUGUCGGACGGAGCCUGCCCCGAGCCAGUGUCCUGUGACUUCGAGCGGGACAUGUGCGGCUGGAGCAGCCCCUCAGACCCCCGCCUGCACAGCUUCGCCUGGGGCUGGAAGAGCGGGGUCCCCCUUGCCAAGUACCCCAGCCCUGAGCAGGAUCACACCCUGGGCACAAGGAAUGGUCACUACGUGCACUUUGACACCAGUGUGCUGGGCCCAGGGGGCACCACUGCCCAGCUGGAGAGCCAGCAUCUGCCUGCUGCUGCUGACUCCUGCCUGCAGUUCUGGUACCACAUGGACAUCCCGGAGCACCUCUCCUGUGGGGAGCUGCGGGUGAUGCUGCACAGCGUGGCGGGGCAACGCACAGUGUGGACCGUGGUGGGGCACCAGAGCCAGGGCUGGCGGGGCGGUGUGGUGCCUGUGCAGAGCCCCAGUGAGUUCCAGAUCAUCUUUGAGGUCACCACACGGAGGUGGCCGAUGGAGGGGACAGUGGCGCUGGAUGACAUCGUGUACAGUGCCGGGAGGGGCUGCCAUUCCAGCCAGGAGGUGCCAGUGGAAGAAAAAUCCUCUGGCAGCUUUGUGGCAGAGGUGGUGCUCGGUCUUCUGGCUGUCAUCACCCUGGUGCUGGUGGGUGCCGGAGGCUGGUACUGGCUGAAGCGGCGAGGGCUGGUGAGCAGGACGCCAGCGGAGAGCAACACUCCGCAGGGCUUCGACAACAUCACUUUUCGAGAUGACAAGGUCAUUAUAUCUCCAGUGCCAAAAGAAGGGGAUGAGAAUUGAAAUAAUAAGCCAACAGCAGUAAUUGCCUCCUCACGCCUGCAAGGCAUAUGCAGGGCAGAGCAUCCCUCCAGCAAGACCUCACACUCCAGCAGCCGCCUCCGGCCCUCAGCAUAUGACAUCAGGGAGCUGCCACAGGCGCUCACCCCGGGGCACCGGCCCCACACAGGGACGUGCUGCUGCCUCCACUACCUCCAAGCACUCGGGAAAAGCAAUUUUGUCUUUUGUAACAUGAACUUUCUGCACCAAGAUGUAGUGACAUGCCCGUGCUUUGACAGGUGCUGUCAGCAGGAGUUUCUUGCAGCAGCCAUCCUCAUCUGAACAGGGUCCUGAACGUGGAAGGGGGCAAAGCAUGCA